CAGAGACUGCGGACACUGUCUCAGGGAUGACCAGAGACUGCUCACAAGGUACAGGGAUGACCAGAGGCGGCACAGCCAGGGAUGACCAGAGACUGCGGACACAGUACAGGGAUGACCAGAGACUGCGGACACAGUACAGGGAUGACCAGAACUGCGGACAGUACAGGGAUGACCAGAGACUGCGGACACAGUACAGGAUGACCAGAGACUGCGGACACAGCACAGGGAUGACCAGAGACUGGGGACACAGCACAGGGAGGGACCAGAGACUGGGGGACACAGCACAG